AUGAAGUAUUUAUUGCUAGCUGUACUUUGUAGCCUGGGGCUACAUGAGGUGUUUUCGGGGAGUUGCGCCCCGGGGGCUGUCGACUACACUGAAGUCGGGCAAUGUCUACUCGUCUUUAAAGUUGCUGCUCCGUUUGCCGUUGCCUCAAAGACGUGCGGUGCUCUUUCCGGAAAGCUGGCCCAGCCGAUCAGUCGGGUCGAGAAUUUGCUGACGUCGAUUGCAGCCAGGAGAACUGUCAACGCGACCACUCGUGUUCACAUCGGCAUCAAACAGGCCGAUGGGCGUGUCGACCGGAUAUAUGCCGAUGGUACACCGCUACAGUACUACAAUUUUUAUUCUGAAUCCGAUUGGGCAUCGGCCGAUGCGUGUACGACACUUGACCCAAUGUGCCCGGAUGGGUGGAAGUACUACGAGCUAACGUCUUCAUGUUAUUACAUCCAAAAUGUUGGUGAAAUGAGAAGGGGAUGCUUUCACAGGGAUCGUGACGGGAAGGACACGCCACGCGACCCGCACGCGUUCGGAACCGAUUUAGCAAACCCUAAAAAGCUGGCAUGCGCCGCGACACGCUACGCAUCAAGCAGCAGGGUCAUCUCCUCGACCAAGGCCCUUCACUUGAAUCAAACGGCGGCUGCCGCGCAAUGUGCUAAGCUCGGAGGGCAAUUGGCUUCGAUCCACACCGAUGCCGAGAAUACAUUUGUCAAAAUGAUCAACGACUACCACUGUUUCGUCGAUCAGCGCCAGAAUUGGCAGAGCUGGUACGCGCAAAACGAAUUCUCGCGUUUCAUCUGCAAGCGAGCGGCGCUCCAUCUGCCGGAAGUCGGCGAACGGCUCGCCAUGGAAUUUAUAAAACAGGAA